AAAAGGUAAACAACGAGGUAUCGGCGUCGAAACCAAGCGUCCAAGCGAUUAGUAGCGUAUCUGAUAAAAUAUCGGUGGAUGAGCGUCUUGCUUGGCGUCGGAAAUCUUUAGUGCCCAUGUCAAGUAUGGAAGAGGAAAACUUAAGGGAGCGAUUAAGGAUGGCGCAUUUAAAGAAAUGUCAGGAGAUAGUGUCUACGGAGGAGAAGUAUUCCAGGGAGUCAUUCAGAAAAUUAUUUCAAAAUAAGGAGCUUUUGGAACAGUUAUUUAAAUUAUUCGAUCAGGACAGAGAUCAGUGUUUGGCGCAAGAAGAGUGGAUAGAAUUCUUAAAGCAGAGAUUAAUAAAUGAAACCCAAAUCGACUUUGCGGAACAACUAGAAAGCGUAGCGUAUUGUCUAUGUGGAGAGAAACCUAUCUACUUAGAGCACUUUUAUUUAAUUUUUUUAACAAAAGGGAUUGUGGAUAAAUUAUUUCGGUUAAUUGAUGAAGAAAACUCUGGGGUGAUACCUUCCGAAGCCAUAAUGGAGUUUUUAAGCACCGUAACUAAUUCCAGGCCUCGCACAGGCUUUGAUAAAAGUAGUAUAGACCGAUUGGAACAAUUAUUUAGACAGACCGUCGGACAAGGAAAAGAAAUUAAGAAGGAAGAUUUUAAAAACAUUGUCGUUUCAAAAAACCCUUUUUUCACAGAUAGAGUAUUUCAAAUCUUUGAUAAAGAUAAUUCGGGAUCAAUAUCAUUGCAAGAAUUUUUGGAUGCUAUGCAUCAAUUUGCUGGACAAACACCAGAUGAUAAAAUAAGAUUUUUGUUUAAAGUGUACGAUCUGGACGGUGAUGGGUUGAUACAACAUAGAGAGCUUCAGCACGUCAUGAGAGCUUGUAUGGAGGAGAACGGGAUGCAAUUCAGCGAAGAACAAAUCAGCGAUUUGACUAUGGCUAUGUUUGAAGACGCUGAUUCGAACAACAGAGGAGCUAUAACGUACGAAGCUCUAAAAAAUCAAUUAGAAAAGCACGGUGGACUUUUAGAAAAUUUGUCAAUCAGCAUUGAUCGUUGGUUAGUACCACCGCAAACCAAAAAUAAAAAGUCUUCGUUAUUGAAAAAGAUUAUGACUUGGAGACCAUAUUAUUUCACGAUUCCUUAUGUCAAAAACAACUACGUAUAUUUAACUUUCUUAUUAGGAUUCCUUCUAGUUAAUGCUGCUUUAUUUAUAUCCCGAUCAAUUGAAUAUUCAAGAUCAAAUUGGUAUACGAUAUUUGCCAGAGCAUGUGGACAGUGUCUGAACUUCAACUGUACAUUUAUCUUAGUAUUGAUGUUGAGACAAACUAUAACAUUUUUGCGAACAAGAGGAUAUAGUUCAGUAUUGCCUUUAGAUCAACAUAUUUAUUUUCAUAAGUUAACCGGAAUGUUUAUUUUUGGAUAUAGCGUUAUACAUACUAUUAUGCAUAUUUGCAACUUCAGUUUGGUUGUAGUGAAUGAUGCUGUAAUAAAUGCUAAGAAUUUCACUACUUCUGAAUGGUUAUUAACCAGUAAGCCGGGUCUUUUCGGAUUAAUUAACGGCGUCGCUAACCCCACGGGGAUGGCGCUUAUGGUAAUACUUAUCGCCAUAGUUAUUAGUUCACAGGCGUUUGUAAGGAGAGGAGGAUGUUUCGAGGUAUUUUAUUACACGCAUCUCAUGUACGUACCAUUUUGGAUACUACUAAUUUUGCACGGUCCUAACUUCUGGAAGUGGUUCAUCAUACCAGGGAUAGCUUAUGGAUUAGAGAGAGCUUAUAGAUCUACUUUUAUAGUCACCGAGAGAGGCAAAACAUACAUUAGUUCGGGUUUACUUUUACCGUCAAAAGUCACCCAUUUGGUAAUCAAAAGACCAGUUAGUUUCGAUUUCCAUCCAGGCGAUUAUGUUUUUGUGAAAAUUCCUGCUAUUGCCAAAUAUGAAUGGCAUCCUUUUACGAUUAGUAGUGCGCCAGAACAAGAAGAUUACAUGUGGCUCCAUAUUAGGGGUGUAGGUCAAUGGACAAAUCGUUUAUAUGAAUAUUUUGAAAGAGAACAAGAAAAACUUCAUAAUGGUGAAAUUCCGGCUGCAAAUUCAUCUAAUACAGUGAAAAGACUGUCUAAUGGUAGUAUUCAGAGUUGCAAGCAAAAUCCUUUAAAGAAAUUACACAAUACACUUACUAGAACGUUGUCCAAUGAGAAUCAAAAACCGGGAAUACAAUUAGUUGGUUUUACUAAUGGAACUUUUCAGAAUGACGAAGCUUCCAAGGAUUCCAAAACAGAAAUUGAGUUGAGUAAUAGAGCUACUUGCAGUACUUCAGAUCUGCCGCUUGCUAGAUCGAGGAAGUUAUCCUCCGAAAAAAGACUGCAUAGAUUAUUGUUCACCAACAAAGCUCCUUUAGAAAAAUCUUUAUCAAUGCCUGAUAUGCAAACAAAAGCGAAAAAACGAGAAAGGAUGAUGGUGUUGAGGGAAUAUAUGAGAUCUGAAUCAGAAAAAAGUUUCAACGAAUGCCAAAUACGGAGAGCUAGAUUGAAAUCAUUAGGACUGGCGUAUUUAAGCCCCCAAAAUAAGAGUUUGGCUCAAAGUUUUCGAUACAUGCGAAAUAAACCAACAAUAAUAGCAUUCAAGACUCCAAGUUUAGAGGAUUGCGGAAAGAAAAAUUCUACAUCAUCCUUAAGUCAAAUGGUUCGGCAAAUUAGUCAGAAAAGUUUUACGUUCUCCCCAGAGAGGCAAGUAGAAGAGGGUCGAGUUGAGCUAACCUUCACAGAUUCUCAAUUUUCGCCCAAUCUAGGAUCAGUGAAACCUAUGAAUUAUCCUGUUGGAAAACCACUAGAGAUUUAUCUAGAUGGACCAUACGGAGCUCCAUCAAGUCAUAUUUUCCGAGCUCAACAUGCAGUUCUAAUAGCAACUGGUAUCGGCGUUACUCCUUUUGCGUCUAUACUCCAAUCUAUAAUGCAUAGAUAUUGGAAAGCCAGACAUACUUGUCCUAAGUGCAAGUUCUCGUGGGCUAGCGACAUACCAGCUACAGUAAUGAACCUCAGAAAGGUUGAUUUCUUCUGGAUAAACAGAGAUCAGAGGUCGUUUGAAUGGUUUGUAAAUCUACUAUCCCAACUAGAAAUUGAGCAAGCAGAGCUUGGGGGGGCUAUGGAACGAUUUUUGGAAAUGCAUAUGUACAUAACUAGUGCUUUACAAAAAACUGAUAUGAAGGCAGUUGGAUUGCAGCUCGCUUUGGACUUAUUACAUGAAAAGGAAAAACGAGAUUUAAUAACAGGACUUAAGACUCGAACUAAUGCUGGCCGACCUAAUUGGGAUAAAGUUUUUAAGCAAAUCUUGGAUCAGAAAAAAGGAAAAGUUACCUUAUUUUAUUGUGGACCACCCCAAUUGGCAAGGAUUUUACGUGUAAAGUGUGAUCAAUUUGGUUUUAAUUUUAGAAAAGAAGUGUUUUAAUAAUUGUGUAGAUAAAGUUAUGUUUGUAAAGUAUUUAUUCUAAUUUUAAGAACUGCUACAUUAUCUUGCCAGAAACCAUUAAUAUGUAGUAGGUAAAUAAGUUUUCAACAAGAAUUGAUUAAAAAAAUUAUUCAAAUUUUUUCAAAAUCAGUAGUUUCACAAUUAUUUUCAUUAAUAUUGUGAUUCAACUGAAGCUUUUGGGCAAUUAUUUUAUUUAUAAUUCUUUAAUUCCUGCAUUCAAUUCAAUUUGUAGCCUUCCAUUAUCAUAAAUUCAUCCUAUAGCAAUCCCCUUAUCAUCAAUUCAAUUGUUUAACUUUAAUUAACCACACACUUCUUUCUUUCAUAUUUCUCCACCAAUGUGAACAAAACAUUUCAAUAUUACUAUAUUUGCUCUACAGUAUUAUUUAAAUUUUGCAGCUCUAUAUUUAUUUUUUGAAAUUAAUUGCAACUUCUCAACUAAAACCAUUUUCAGUAUAUAGAAAAUUCAUUUUAUUGUAUAUUAAAUGACACAAAUUCCACUUCAUACUAACAAAAGUUAAAUUUAUUUUUAUUUUCUGGUGACAUAUCAUGUUUAUUUAUUGCAUAUUUAUAAUUACGAUUACCACUAUGUAGUUAAUUUUUAAUAAAAGGUUUUAGUAUGA